AUGUGUAGUAACACAAGCAGUGGAAGCUAUGGAGACUUACAAGAUGAUUACUCCGGUUCUUGUCGGAAGAAACAGAAGAAAGAUAAUAAAGUACGACGUAGAGGUCCAGGUGUCGCCGAACUCGAGAAGAUUCGUUUAUUAGAAGAAGAGAACAAAUCUCCGUCUCUUCCCAUUCCACAUUCUUCUUCUUCUUCGGUACCAAACAUCGAUCAUCACACUCUCUUUGCUCCUCCUCCGCUUCCUCCGCCGCCGGACUCUUUGCUUUACUCCACUUUACCCAUUUUCCGGUCACCGGCAAGAACAACAGCGACGGCUGGUGGCGGAAGUGAUUUGUUAAUGAUGCCUCCAAAAUUUUCUUUCCCGUUUUCUUCUUAUCUAGCGAACGGAUCUUCCCUUACGGAUUUGAUUCCUCAGGCGCCGGUUUUUCAGAGGAAGAUGGUUAGUGCAAAGAGGCCUUUUCUCACAUGCAACUUGCCAAAAGCUAGCGUUGGAUCAACCAAAACCAUCCCAAGGGAAACGAAACCAAACCGGUCGAUAGAUAUGAGAUUGAUAAGUCCGGUUCAAGAUUCCGGUACAACGAUUUGCAACCCCAUUGCCAUCGAUUCACCUGCUUCCAUUCCACGUCAUUACCCCAUGUUUAUCCCACUUAGCUUACAGUAUGAACAACAACAACAACAACAACAACAACAAGACUUUGAUGAGAGUAUGCAACGGAGAAGCAAGAAGCCGUUCUAUAGCUUCAUACCCUCUGAUGAUCGGUGCAGUGGUGUUCAAGAACAAAGAGCCUGCGAGCGAUAUGGAUCAGCCGCCGAUCAUGGAAUCGAUCUCAGCCUUAAGUUAUAG